AUGCUGGACUUCUUCGCACCCGGGCGUUCAAAGGACGCGACCGCAAUGCCCACAACAUCGGUUCAGUCUCUUUCUGGAAGUCAACUCUCUGGCAUUGAGUCUCCAUUGGAACAAAGGUCGUUGGAAAACGCCAAAGGUGGAGACUGGAAAGGGCUUUUCUCUCGACCUUUUACCCGGCGACAGAUUGUAAUCCUCAGCGCCGUGGGACUCUUGCUCUUGGCUCUUCUAGCCCUUGUCAUUGCCCUGCCGGUCGUUUUGACAAGAGCCGGAAAAAACAAGGACGCCGGUGAUACAUACCAUCUCUACCCGACCAAACAUGAGGACCCCAGCUACCGUAUUUUGGAGAACAAACCCGUCUAUGCAAUCCACAACUUCCCCGAUCCAGGACUCCUCAACUACAAUGGAACGUGGUAUGCCUAUGGAACGAACCCACACAAGCAUGAUCCGGAAUCCAUUCACAUCCCCGUCGCGACGUCGACGAACUUCGUGAACUGGACUCUCCACGAGGGCUAUGAUGCGAUGCCAACGCUCGGUAACUGGGAGGAGUCAGUCAAUCAUUGGGCGCCCGAUGUGAUUCAGCGGGAUGACGGGAAGUUUGUUCUCUACUAUUCCGGCCAAACAAAUAACUUCAAUAAACACCACUGUAUCGGAGCGGCAGUCUCAACGGGCACAGAUCCUCUGGGACCCUACAUCCCUCUCAACGAGUCUCUAGCCUGUCCCCACAAGCACGGCGGGGCCAUCGAUCCCUCGCCAUUCAGAGAUGCAGAUGGCAAGCUUUACGUGGUCUACAAGGGCGACGGAAACAGCGUUGGUCGCGGUGGCUUCUGCGGCAACAGCAUUAAGCCGCUAGUCCCAGUCCCGCUUAUCCUCCAAGAGCUGGAAAGCGACGGCAUCACCAAGGUCGGCGAGCCCGAGAUCAUCCUAAACAUCAAUGACACCGAUGGUCCGCUGAUCGAAGCUCCCAACAUCAUCCGCAAGGACGACGGUACCUACUACCUCUUUUUCUCGUCACAUUGCUUCACCUCGCUGGGUUAUAAUGUGAAGUAUGCACAUGCCAAGUCGGUCAAGGGCCCCUAUACUCGCGUCAAUCGCCCAUUGCUGCAGACGAAUGACUUUGGGCUCGAAGCACCUGGUGGCGCUACCUUGUCGCAUGAUGGAACCAAGAUCGUCUUUCACGCAGACUGCGACGGAUUCCGGUGUAUGUAUGCCGGCGGUGUCGACAUUCGAUCCACCAACGACACCAUCGUCAUGGCGACACUGGAAAUUGAUGGUUCUGGAUCUUCGAACACCACGAAUACUACUACUACCACCACCACUGCCGACAGCACCUAG